GCUCUUUUUACGACACUCUGGCUCAGACUCCGCCGGACCUUCCUAGCGGCGCUCGGGGUUCCCGCCCGGAAGAGGCUGCCGUGGCACCCGCGCACCGGCAACAUGGCGCGGUCCGGGAAUAAGGCAGCUGUUGUACUGUGUAUGGAUGUGGGCUCUGCCAUGAGUAACUCGCUUCCUGGUGAAGAAUCCCCAUUUGAACUAGCAAAGAAGGUGAUGACCAUGUUUGUGCAGCGACAGGUGUUUGCUGAGAGCAGGGAUGAAGUUGCAUUAGUCCUUUUUGGUACAGAUGGCACUGAGAAUGCCCUUGCUGGUAAGGAUCAGUAUCAGAACAUCACAGUGCACAGACACCUGAUGCUACCAGAUUUUGACUUGCUGGAGGACAUUGAAAGAAAAAUCCAACCAGGUUCUCAACAAGCUGACUUCCUGGAUGCACUCAUUGUGUGCAUGGAUGUGAUUCAACAAGAAACUGUAGGAAAGAAGUUUGAGAAGAAGCAUAUUGAAGUGUUCACUGACCUCAGCAGCCCAUUCAGCAAAGAUCAGCUGGAUGUUAUAAUCCAUAACUUGAAGAAAUUUGGCAUCUCCCUGCAGUUCUUUUUGCCUUUCCCCGUUGGCAAGGAGGAUGGAACCGGGGACAGGGGAGAUGGUAACUCAAGCUCAGACCACCAUGAACCCUCCUUUCCUCUAAAAGGAAUUACUGAGCAGCAAAAAGAAGGUAUUCGGAUGGUGAAAAAGGUGAUGAUGUCUUUAGAAGGUGAAGAUGGGCUAGAUGAAAUUUAUUCCUUCAGUGAGAGUCUGAGACAACUGUGUGUCUUCAAGAAAAUUGAGAAGCGUUCCAUCCCUUGGUCCUGCAUGCUGACCAUUGGCUCCAGUUUGUCUAUAAAGAUCGUGGCUUAUAAAUCGAAUCCUGGCUUUCCUUGUUUUCCCUUUCUUUUUGGAAUUAAGAUUAUACAGGAGAGAGUUAAAAAGUCUUGGACAGUUGUGGACGCCAGAACCCUCAAGAAAGAAGAUCUACAGAAAGAAACCGUUUACUGCUUAAAUGACGACAAUGAAACCGAGGUCCCGAAGGAAGACACUAUUCAAGGGUUCCGCUAUGGAAGUGAUAUCGUUCCUUUCUCUAAAGUGGAUGAGGAACACAUGAAAUAUAAAUCGGAGGGGAAGUGCUUCUCCGUUUUGGGAUUUUGUAGAUCUUCUCAGGUCCACAGGAGAUAUUUUAUGGGAAAUCAAGUCCUAAAGGUCUUUGCAGCAAAAGAUGAUGAGGCCGCUGCGGUAGCGCUCUCCUCACUGAUUCACGCCUUGGAUGAAUUAGACAUGGUGGCCGUAGUUCGAUAUGCCUAUGACAGAAAAGCUCAUCCUCAGGUUGGCGCGGCACUUCCUUAUAUCAAGGACGCCUAUGAGUGUUUAAUAUAUGUGCAGCUGCCGUUUAUGGAAGACUUGCGACAAUACAUGUUUUCAUCUUUGAAAAAUAAUAAGAAAUACAUUCCCACGGAGGCUCAGUUGAGUGCUGUUGAUGCCCUGAUUGACUCCAUGAGCUUGGUAAAGAAAGAUGAAAAGGAGGACACCAUUGAAGAUUUGUUUCCAACCAGCAAAAUCCCAAAUCCUCAAUUUCAGAGAUUAUUUCAGUGUCUGCUACAUAGAGCUCUACAUCCCCAGGAGCCUCUGCCCCCUAUUCAGCAGCAUAUUUUGAAUAUGCUGGACCCCCCCACUGAGGUGACAGCUAAAUGUCAGAUUCUGCUCUCUAAAAUAAAGACCGUUUUCCCUCUGACUGAAGCCAUCAAGAAAAAGGAUCAAGUGACUGCUCAGAACAUUUUCCAAGACAACCAUGAAGAGGGUCCCACCUCUAAAAAACUGAAGACUGAGGAAGGGGAGGCCUGCUUUAGUAUCAGCCUGGCUGAAGGAAGUGUCACCAGUGUUGGAAGUGUGAAUCCUGCUGAAGACUUCCGUGUUCUAGUGAGGCAGAAGAAAGCCACCUUUGAGGAAGCAAGUUGCCAGCUAAUAAAUCACAUUGAACAGUUUCUGGAUACUAAUGAAACGCCGUAUUUUAUGAAGAGCAUGGACUGCAUCACAGUCUUCCGGGAAGAAGCCAUUCAGUUUUCAGAAGAGCAGCGCUUUAACAAUUUCCUGAAAACCCUUCGAGAGAAAGUGGAAAUGAAACAGUUAAAUCAUUUCUGGGAAAUUGUCGUGCAGGAUGGAAUUACUCUGAUCACCAAAGAUGAAGCCCCUGGAAGUUCCAUCACAGCUGAGGAAGCCAAAAAGUUUCUGGCCUCUAAAGAAAAUCCAAAUGAAGACGCAGCAGCCAUAUUUGCAGAAGGUGGUGACGUGGAUGAUUUACUGGACUUGAUCUAGGUCGUGGCUGUGUGGGGAAUCGAGAGUUGCCACCGCUGUCAUGCUGAGACUUCUAUCCAGAGGAAGCCAUUCGAGGGGAACGGGAAGCUUUGGAGAUGGUCCCCGUAGGUUAUGUGGAAGUGAAUCUCCUAAUUUUCUGGAAUGAGUAUAUACAUGUGGAAGGGAUAAUUUCGAUCCCAUACAUGUUUAUAAAGAAUCCCUGUUAUUUUCUCA